CGGCGUCAGCUAAUUGAGCUACAGAGGGCGGUUGUCAAAAUCCAAAAUGGCAGCUCCCAUGCAGUUCAUUUUUCCUUCAUGCAAGCUUUGUUAUGAACCGUCCGGGGACAGAAGAAAGCGCAAAAAUCAAAGCAUAACACGUCAAAGAUUCCUACAAAAACAUCAGAAAUGCUUGGUAACUGGCGAACAUGGCAGUGGGAAGACCGCCCUCUUGUUUCAGUGUGCCAUCUCUCUGGCCCAGGAAGGACAUCAUGUGACCCUCGUAACUCCCACAAAGUUUCAGUCUCUGCCACCAGCUGUAGAGGGCGCUACAACUCAAGAUCCACUUCUGAUGAAACGAAUCAACAUCAUGUACUUCCAAGACAGACCUGCCCUUAUCCGCUAUCUCAGUCACCUCCAUACCAAGGCACCUCUCCCCCAUGCAAUCAUUGUAGAUGACAUAGACUACUAUGCGUCACACCCUCAGGCUGCAGAUUUACCAUCUUCUGUAUCUGUUCUGUGUUCCUAUUUGGUUGAUGCCGUGACCUUUGUCUCGAACAAGAGGGCUCAAUCGGAAGAUACUGAUGCAGACGAUUGCUUCCUCCUUGCAUCCAUUGGCUGCUCGGCCCAGGGGGAGUUCCAGGUGCCUCACGUCUACCGCAACUUUCUUACCAGCGAACUCCACAUCACAAGUGUUGACCGCCAAGAAAACAUCUACCAGCUCACCUCCCAGAGUAAUGGAAUGCCCCGCAAUGACUGCAUCAUCACAUACAAACUGGGCCAAGCCAUUAAGGUGCUAGACAUCCUAACGGGGGAGGAAGCAUUCUCUCAACUCACCUGCAAUACACAAGAAGGAGAUGGUCAUGGAUGAAGACAAAUUGUAAUGUGUCGUGUUCACAUGAGAAUUUAAACUGCUUUAAAAAGUACUCUUUGCUACUUAUGCCAAUUGGCAUUAACAGUAAACAGUGACUAAGAUGAUAACCCCACUGAAAUGGGAAUGCUACUCAUCUUGAUCAUUAGGCCAUAUUCGUAAUGUCAUCAGAUUUAUUGCACAGAUCGUUGGUGAGUGCCUCGUUACAAAUUAAUUCAUUCGCUUGUUAUGA